UUUCUUCUUGAGAUAUAUGCAUGCGGUAACCAUCCGUUCACUUCGGUUUAUAUAGCCAGCCAUAAAGUAUUCCUCCUUGGUAAUCACAAUUACAACCCAGGUUCUAAACAAAUAUUUUGCCAAGAAUGAUCAACCCACUUAGUCUCCAAAUGCUUUCCUUGGUCCUGACCACGCAUGCAACUGGUAAUACAUUUCUGAAGCGAGCUAGACGGAAUUAUCUCUCUCAAAUGUUUUACCAUGGGAGCUCGUUGUACUAACAUUGACAGCGAAUGUACUCGCGCCUCCUCCACCACCUUCUGCUCAGGCUUGUCUCAACUCGUGGACUCGAUACCACUCCAUCCGGAAUGAUCUAACAACCGAAUCGUACACAACCACGCUUACCUCGACUGAAAUCUUUUCCGUGUACCCAGUUGUUCCAACUUCAACCUUCUGCGACAACAUCCCUCGUCUAAUGGGCCGCCAGUACAGCAAUUACGUCACAGAAUUUUAUCCAACAGCAGCAUAUACCACGUGGCCGACCAUGAGCAGUCCAACACCGACCUGCACAGUGAAUGGAAAUGAUUGUGCCAAACUCCGGUCGAGCUGGACUUCGGUUUACACAACAGAAACCCCAAUCCCAGACUUCCCGGUCCCAUGCACGGCAUACAAGGCCUGCUCUUCCGUUCCCUCCGGCCCAUGUAGCUUAGUAGGGUCCAGUGUAAAGGUUUACUAUUGGCCGACACCAGCAACUCAGCCACUCUGCCCUCAAACAAACACACUCAUGUCAAUCAGUCGUCCAACGCCAGAAGCAGCAAAGCCCAAGUCACGUGUAGUGAAGGUGAUUGACGGACUUACGGUUACCUCGCCUUCCAUCUACAUAUCAAUCCCAACCUUAUACGCGCAGCUCCGUGGUGUGCCGACAUAUCUAUUCACUGGCUGCGGUACUCAACUAACGUCGCUUACACUAUCAAUUCCACCGUCACCUAUCUCCACACUUACUAGACAGACGAGGGGAAGGAGACCCACAUUCGAGAAUCCGAAGCCUUUCGCGCUGAGCACGUUGAACUGGCCAGUUUCAGCGACAAAAGUCUGCUCGGAACGGACCGUUUGUGAAUGGGACGAUGUUAUAAGCACUUGCAACGAUGUACUUACCACCUCAUGUGCGACACCAACGAUUAACCCGUAUAAUUACAACCCAGCGCUCUCGUUGCCGACUGACUUGGUCAGCCUGGCUGCAAAGCAAGAUGGUAGUUACCAGAGCUGUGUGGUUCAUCCUGCGGCUGGUGCCGAUGUGACUUGGAUCCCAAUUACAACGCUUCUAGGUGAUCCAAGGUAUACUCAGGGAUGGUCAAGUACUCCGACGAUAACUCCAAUUACUAAUACGGCAGCACCUACGCCUGAAAUCAUUUCUACUUGAUGAUAGUGGACAUGUCGGCGGUAGACAAGACUAUUUAGCAUUGUGUGGGGAAAGCAAGACAAAGCAAUGAUGUGUGCCCGCUCAUCCAAGACCGGUUCGCGAGAAAUCUCCUAAUACCGAAAUGACCAAUGAAACCAAUGAAAUAAUAUACCAUCCACGUGUCCAUGCGAACUUGUCCUGAUGAACACAGCAGCGGACACUAACACCCGAAUACCCUAGGAUAGGACGUGGUAGUUUUGG